UCUGUGUGCGCUGCAGACAAACAGAUACUUGUGCGGCAUGUCAGCGGACGACGUUGAAUAAGUUAGAGCUUAGAGCACGUUUCCACAAACCGGUUUUUUUUUCUAACGAAGAAAAGUAAAUAUAGAAACCGCCUUGUUGUACGGAUCGCAAUUAGUCAAAAUCUAGUCAUAUUUUAACCGAAUCUUUGUCGACGUCGACGAGCGUUACCAAGUUUUCUACCCAUAAGCUCAAGUUUUCCUAAGAAUCCUUAGAUUGUCAGCCGCGGUAAUCUAUAUCGAUCGCUCGUAUAGGUGUGCAUCACGCUACGUUUUAAAGUGCAAUAGUAAAAAAUUAUAUAUACCUACAAACAAAGCUGUACGCCGACAAAUGUGUCAAAUAGAUAACGCGAAGUAAGUGCAUCGCUUGCAGUCGUUUAUCAUAUGAUACAGCAAUAUUAUCAUUGAUUUAAUCAACACAAUCGGGAGUGACAUUGAUUAAUUUUUGCUCUACAAGAAAAACAUUCUGGUGUUUAACUAGGACUUUCUUGACUUUUUCCUGCUGAUCAGAAAUCAAUAUGAAAUCCGAAAAGAAUAUUCUUCAUGGGCCAGAGUUUGUGUUUGAGUUUCCUAGAGAUAUGACUUUAGGUCAAUUCAUGUAUGAUCAAUUGAUUUCCCAUGAAAAUGCAAUUGCUCAGGUUCAAAAGGAAACAAAUGUAAAGUUGACAUAUGAUCAAAUUCUCAACAAAAGUUGUAGACUGGCACAAUAUUUUAGAAAUCAAAAUGUUCAAGUUAAUGAUAGAAUAGCCAUUUGUGCAGAAAAUAAUCUUGGCUGGGCUGUACCAUUAUGUACAAGUUUGUUCAUUGGCACUACAUUGUGUCCAUUGAAUCCUAUGUACUCAAAAAGAGAAUUUCUACAUGCACUUAAUAUAUCCAAACCAAAGUACAUUUUUGUUUCUCCAAUUGUGGCUGAUACUUUAUUAGAAAUUUCUAAGGAACUUUCUUGGAAGCCAACUCUAAUAUUAAUGCUUGAUCAUCCACGAAGAGAUAUUUUGAACGUAGAAAAAGUUAUUGCAGGGUUGGCAGAUGUCGAAAUUGAAGAUUUUAAAGUUACAAAAGUUGAUCCAGAAGAACAUGUUGUUACAAUCUUAUGUUCAAGCGGUACUACUGGACUUGCUAAAGGUGUCAUGUUAAGUGACCGAAAUUAUUUAGUUCUCAUGCAAACAUUGUUGGAUGGUUCUGGCUUAGCCAAUAAAGAUGACGUUAUGAUGUGUCUGUUGCCAUUUUUCCAUAGCUAUUGCUUUUCUGUACUUCUAAUGGGAAUUAUUGCUGGAAGUACUAGCAUAGUUUUUUCUAUGUUCAAAGAAAAACUUUUUUUAGAAACUAUCCAAGAGUAUAGAAUUAAAAUUUUAACUAUGGUUCCACCACUGAUGGUGUUCUUGGCCAAGCAUCCUAUGGUAGAUAAUUAUGAUUUAUCAAGUGUCAAACUUAUUUGGUGUGGAGCUGCUCCAUUAUCCAGUGAUGUAGAAAAUGCUGUUAAAAAGCGAUUGAAUAAUCCUGAAAUUAGGCAAGGCUAUGGAAUGACUGAAACAACCUUAUCAGUUUUGAAAUUACCUGAAAAUUGUAAAAAACCAGGAAGUGCAGGAGUUUUGCUUGCUGGAUGUUCAGCGAAAGUAGUGGCUGUGAAUGAAUCUGGAGAAUCUUCAAAUGAAGCUCUGGGUCCCAAUUGCAGGGGUGAAUUAUGUUUUAAAGGUGGAUUGAUCAUGAAAGGGUAUUGUGGAGAUCACACAUCAACGUCUGCAACUAUUGACAAAGAUGGUUGGUUGCACAGUGGUGAUAUUGGAUAUUAUGAUGAGGAAGGAUUUUUCUAUAUUGUGGAUAGAUUAAAAGAAUUAAUAAAGUAUAAGGGCUUUCAAGUUCCUCCAGCUGAACUUGAGGCCAUCUUAUUGACUAAUCCAAAAAUAAAAGAUGCAGCAGUUGUUGGUUUACCUGAUGAACAAGCAGGCGAAUUACCACUUGCAUUCGUUGUGAAAAAUCCUCAAACAGAUAUCUCUGCAGAUGAAAUCAUAAAAUAUGUCAAUGAACGAGUGUCUAAUCAAAAAAAAUUAAGAGGAGGAGUUAGAUUUUUAGAUAGCAUUCCAAAGAAUCCAUCUGGUAAGAUUCUUCGCAGAGAAUUGAGAAAUUUGAUUAAAUCUAAAUUAUAAAUGAUUUUUUAUGCUAAUGUUUAUAAGGUUUCUAAUAACUAGUGAUGAAAUGUGAGUCAUUUUACAUUAAUUUGAUAGUCUGUAAUGUGUUGAAUGGCAUUUUUAUUAACAUUUUAUAAGAGGCUUUUCCAACUGUGGUGAAAAUAUAUAAAUAUUCAUUAUCUUAUAUUAAACAUAAAAGUAUAUACACCAAUUUUUACUGCAAUAACAAUAAACUGAACAAUAAACUGAA